CAAUGCACAAUGUUCUACAGAAUUCAUACCCAACGGACUAAAAAUAACAUGUAAAGUACAAAGGGGGUAUCCGAAAACUGAGAUGAAUGUAAAAAUAAAUGAUGACACAUUCAGUGGUGAUUGCUACUUCGAAGAAUCCGAAUCUUUCUACUAUAAUUCUACGUGCUCUUACACAAUUUCAAGAUAUCAAAUUCUUCAAGGAAACAAUGAACUUACUAUAGUACUGUACCCAAACAUUUCUGGAACCCACAGUGCUAAAAGAUAUAAACAAGAAGUUCAUUUUAAAAUCGAGAGGCCGAUUAUUUCAAUAAAAAGUUGUACUGGGCUAACCUCGGAUGGAAUACUUACGUGUUUAUACCAAAGACUUGAUCAAAGCGAUGUCACAACAGUUAUUGAGUCUAACGUGGACCUGCUGUACCAAAAUCAAACACACAUUGAAUUACAAAUGUAUCAUGGCAUGCGAGAAAUCAAAAUUUGGGCACAAAAUGUAUUCGGUAUAAGAAGUAAAAUCGAAAAGAUGUAUAUCCCAUCAAGCGAUGAAGUCAAGCGUAUGCCAACAUCUUCAGAAAAAGAGAAUGAUGGAAAAUCUAACAACAUACUAAUAAUAAUAUGUUGCAUUGUAAUAGUCAUACAUGUGGUAUUAUUGUUUCAAACGAAAGGUCGCAAAGUUUGGCGAAAAAUUAGGAAUUGCAAAGUUUGGACACGCACUGUAGGCCAAGGUAAAUAA